AAAUUGCAGGAUCUUCUUGCUGCAAGAUCAUCAAAACUCUGUAAGCUUUUCAAAGAAAACCCAGAUGAAGAUCUUUCUCAUCAUGUUUGUGAUAUCCCAACAACCCCUGAAAUUUUCGAGCUCAUUGCAAGAUUCUGCUAUGGUUUUGAAGUCAAUUUCACACCAGAAAACGUAAUUCCGAUUUCUUGUUUAGCUUGCUAUUUGGGUAUGACUGAUAACCACAGCCCCGAUAAUCUUUUAAAUCGAGCUCUAUCAUUCUUCGAACACCAAAUCAUAACAGGUUGGAACGAAUCGAUCAGAUCCUUGAAAGCCACAGAAAAUCAAAUCGUUCUUCAACAAGCGACAAAACUAGGGUUAAUCGAUGCUUGCGUUGAUUCAAUCAUCUCGAAAGCGUUAAACAAACCGAUUUAUCUUGGAGAACCGAUCGAACCAAUUAAGAAUCCGAUUCUUUCUGAUGAAGAUGAAGAUGGGUUUAAUGGCGAUGUGUACAAACCAAAUGCAAGGAGACAACUUUUUGUUCUUGAUAGCACACAAGAUUUAUGCUUGACCACACUUCGUCUUCAAUUCUACGAGCCAAUAAUCCGUGGAAUGAUUCAAUGCAAAAUGGGUUCAAAUUACAUCGCAUCAAAUCUCUACCAAUACGCAAAAAGAUGGGUGUUUUUUGACCCGAAAGAAUCCGAUCAAUCGUCAUCUUCUUCAGAAGGUGUUUCUUCAAAUUCAAGACGAGACACAAUCGAAACAAUCGAAAAACUUUUUCCUCAUGAUCGCGGGGUUGUCCCAUGUGAAUUACUAUCCGAAUUGCUUCAAUACGCGAUCAUUUUAGAAGCUAAUAGCGAUUGUCGAGAUGGGUUUGAGUUACGAAUUGGGAAACAAUUAGAUUUAGCAACAGUUCAUGAUCUGCUAAUCCCAUCUCAAGGGUAUUCGAAAGAAGAGAAAUACGACACCGAAUGCGUUCGAAGAAUCAUGAAACAUUUUUAUAAUAACUUCACCGGAGAAGAUAAUCGGGCCGGGCUUGAAAUUGUGGCGGAUCUUGUUGAGGAUUUUCUCGGGGAGGUGGCGAAUGAUGUCGAUUUGAAAAAGGAUUCAUUUAUUUCACUAGCGGAAUUGUCGAUUGCUGCAUCUGAAGGAACACAGAGAAAUUCAGAUGGGAUUUAUCGUGCGAUUGAUAUUUACUUAAAUCAACAUCGGUACUUGAUAGAAUCGGAAAGAGAAGAGAUUUGUUCGAUUUUGGAUUGUAAUAAGAUGUCGCCGGAGGCGUGUGAGCAUGCAGCCCAGAACGAGCGGCUUCCGGUGAGGGUGGCGGUGCAGGUUUUGUUUGUGGGGCAAUUGCAGCUGCGGGAGACGAUAACAAAGGAGGUGACGGUGGCCGAGGAAGGUGGUAAGGGGAAAAAGUCGCCGGAGAAUGGGGCGGCGGCGGUGGAAUUGGAGAAGAUGGGUUUUAAGGUGAUGGAGUUGGAGAAGGAAUGUGGGGCGAUGAGGAAGGAGAUUGAGAAAGGGUAUUUUGGGAAGAGGAAAAUGAAAAAGGGAAAGGUGAAUGUGUGGAGGGUGAUGAAGAGGAAGCUUGGGUGUAUAUCGAGUUUGAAUAAUUGUAAUUGUCAUGUGAAGAAGAAGAAGAUUCAUCCAAGGUAGAAGAAGAAGAUCUUGAGUUCGUUUUUAUUAGUUUGGUAGUUGGUAGUUUACAUCAAUCUUUGAUGUUUGAGCAAUAAGUGUUUUUUGAAUUUUAUGUUUUUGACAUUCUUUGUUUUAUACAAGGAAUCAACUUCUUUGAGGUGAAAGUUACAUUUUCACCCUUCCGUUUAAAGAAAUUUUAAACGUAGGGCAAAUUUCAUAAAAACUCAUGUAGUUGGUCACUUUUUUGGUUUAGUCACCUAAAGGUCCUAGAGAAUUGUUCUACUAUUUAACCACAAAAAAACUUUGCAAAAAUUUGUGAAAAAAAA